AUGGGUAUCAUGGGUCACCAUAAUCUCGACCCUGUCGUCGAGCCUAUCGCCUUGUUUGAACAAUUUGUCGCGGCGGAGCCGCAAACAAUAGUCUUGAGAGAAAAAGUACUCUCUGUCACUGGGGACAGCUUUGAUAUCAAAUUGGCCAAUGGUCAGACACUUUUGAAGGUGCACGGUGCCUGGGUCUCGCUUUCCGGCCGCAAGAAAUUCGAGGACGCUCAUGGCAAGCACCUGUUUGAUAUUGUUAAAGAGCAUUUGCAUAUCCAUUCGACCUAUGCUAUUGAAGACACGCAUAGCAAGAAGAUCUGCGAGGUCAAGAGUAAUCUCAGAUUGGUCGGCUCCAAAGCCACUGCCACAUUCACUGAUCGCAACGACAAGGCAGUGACUUUCACUAUGAAAGGGGGCUGGUUCGAUCACAGUGCCGACAUUGUCAAUGAGAAAAAUGGCCAAACAGUGGCUCGCAUUGAUCGGAAGUUGCUUAGCGGCCGCGACCUUGUGUUUGGCCAGCAGACCUACGCUGUCGUUGUGGCACCGGGCGUGGACGCAGCAUUGAUCGCCGCUUUGUGUAUAUGCUUUGAUGAAAAGAAUAAUGAGGAGCGCGGCGAGUAG